AUGUCUGAAAAUAUUGAACAAACAGCGCAAGAGAAAAAUCCAAUAAUUGAAAGUUGCGAGGAGAGACAAAUCGACAAGGACGAAACAAAAGAAAUUCCAGACUCUAUUAAAAAGAGCGGAAAAGUUUUAUCACUAUUGACAUCGUCACCGUCACCGUCGACAUCAUCAAAAAAUAAAUCUGAUAAUUCAUUAUCCCUUCUCAAUAUUUGUAAUAUUAUACAAAGUUCAUAUCCUACCACCACCACUACUUGCACACAAUCACCAAUCAAUACUUUAUCACCUUUGCAACAACAAAAUCAACUUGACGAAGAAUUCAUCAAACUUAAUAAUAAUGGUUUAUUAAAGCCAAAAGAGAAAAAUUUCACCAAAAUAACCGAUCAUGCAUCAGAUAAAUCACCAACGAAAUCUGACGAUAAUACACAAAAUAAGCCUACCGACGAAAUUAUGAUCAAUUCUUCUCCUUUUUCUAAUAAUAGCAGUAAUAGCAGCAGCAUUAAAUCAUCUCCUCGAACUAAUUCUGGCAAAAUCAUCAAAGCUGGCGAGAUUUAUCGAUGUUCAAAUUGCGGUGCAAGGGAAACACCAGCUUGGAGACGAGAUUUACAAGGAGAAGCUUUACUUUUUAAGGGGAGACAGCGUCCUACAGAAGUUGAUACUGAUGGAGAAAUUCGUUUAAUUAAACCGGAAAAGGCAGGGACAGGACCACCAAGUUGUCAAAAUUGUGGCACGCAAGAAACUCCUUGUUGGAGAGGGUCAGAAGGCAGUAAACUUUAUUCCAGGGAUUCUGGUGAAGAGAAUUAUGCAAAUGUGAAUUCGUGA